AUGUCUCCUAAACGUUACACUCCAAUCAUCAACAUCUUGAUUAUUCUGGUUAUCUUAUCAACAACGAUUAACUCAAACCUUUUAAUUAAACGAGAUGAUGUGGAAUCUUUUAUUUGUACAGAAAAAGCGAAUCAAAAAUGUUGUGCCUUAUUAGCGUACAAAAUUGCUCAUAAACAUCAUUCACGAGUUGCAUCGAUUGUUAUCAUUAAUAAGUGUGGUUUUAACAUCAACCUCCUUGAAAUGAAUCUUAAUAGUGGUCGUUGGAUCACGCAAGAUGAUCAUCAAAAUCUCGACAUAAGCUGCGAACCACAAACUUUACCUCUCGCAAAUGGUCAAUCUGAAAUAUUUUCUAGCAUAACAAGUGGUUUUCUCGGCGGGGUGAAAGGUUCUGCCCAAUUUUUAAUAGAUGAUAAUAUUACAAGCACCGAAUUUUCUAUCUCCUGGGAAGUUCCGUUAAUUGGCUCUCCUAAAUACGAACUCGAAGGAUUGCCUACCAAAAAAUACUACAAUGAAAGCAAAUAUGACAUCGAAGAUACGGUAUAUAAAGUUACUGUUAAUUAA